AUUUGACAAUUACAAAUCAAGCAGGAAGAGACAGACUUGCACAUGGAUACACUUUACUAUCCCAGUAGGAGGAAGAAGGGUGUUCCUCAUACCCUGGCAACAGCCCAGCCAAUAAGAGACAGUCACAACUCAGCCAAUAAGAGACUGUUACAGCUCAGCCAAUGGAAAGCCGCUAUACUUCAAACUCCCAGUUUAUUUCAAUGGACUCACUCUUGUUUAUAAACAACAGCUUUCCGAACAUCCUCCUUUCCAGAAUAAGAGCGGUUCUCCCCUUUGUUCUGGGGACUUGCCUAUAGAUCUGCAGCAGCUGGCUUGUUCCCGAUUGCAAUUCCCUGUUAUUCCCAAAUAAACCCGUUUUUGGUGGUAAAAUAACUGGCCGUUUAUUUUUUAAGGCUAACACCCUAAAUGUGAAUGUUUAUUUUUGAACUUUCAAUUUUAUUCCAAAAGAGUUGGAGAAUUUACUUACUGUGUUUCAGCCACAAUCCUAAUCACAAAUUCACCUCACAUUGUAAGUCUAUAAGAUGGGAACUAUUCUUACUCCCAUUUUACAGGUUAAGUAGCCAAGAUACAGAGUGAUUUACCUAAGACCAUACAACUAGUAAGUGGCAAAGCCAAGACCUGAAUUUAGGCUCAUUGAUUUGAGAGACCGACCCUUUAAUCAUGCUAUAAAUAAAUGUGAGAAGUUAGAACUUACAAUUCCAAGGAAGAGUUCAUUUUUUAAAAAACGGGUGGAGGUCGAAGUGGCCAGUAAGCUUGGAAAAGCACAAGAGUAGGGGCUUUACUAGCUUGCUUCUUACUGAGUUUUAGAAACCGACCUGCCUUCCUUGGUUGAAACCUUUCCAACCCCAACUUAAGAAUUUGUAAGUCGACGCACUGGGUUGGCUUCUCUGGCUACUGGGGCAGUGCAGAGCAGGGGUUGCCCUUCGGUCCCACAGUUAGAACUGUGGUGCGCCCACUUUCCAGCCCUCUGGCCCCAUCCCAGGCUCAGGCUGCCCUCCGCCAAGAGCCCAGGAGUACUCGGAGUCUGCGCCCGGAGCGCUCUGCGGUUACGGUUGCGGUAAAUCUCGCGGGAAGAUGCGUUCGUUGCCUCGGUAACAGCGUCGCGGUCGCGAAAGAUGGCGGAGCGAAGUGUUCGUCCGCGGAGACGGAGCAUUUCAGGCAUUCCGCUCCCGCCCGGUGUUCAACAACCUGCUGCGUCUCGACGGGACCUCCUUGCCAGGGAGGAAGAAUAUAAGCGUUUGAAUGCAGAACUAGAGGCAAAAACAGCUGAUCUGGUUCGACAAGCUGAGGAAGUAAUAAGAGAUCAGCAAGAAGUACAAUCAAGGCCGGUCUCAACACAAAUUAAAUCCUAUGAAAAGGAAGAGGAUUGCAGUUUAAGAGGUCUGUUGUCUGAAGGGAUAGUUCACCUACAUUCAGAAACUAAGCCCAAGACCAGAAAUGUUGAUGCAGUAAACAAGGUUCAAAACAAACCGCGCUUUGCAAAUAAAGGAAGGAAAACAAAUUCAAGUAUAAAACUGAAAUACUCUGAUGUACAGACUGCCAACGAUGUUGCUAUUCCAGAGGAUUUCUCAGACUUUUCUCUUGCAAAAACGAUUAGCAAAAUUGAAGGGCAACUGGAGGAAGAAGGUUUGCCUGAUUAUAUAGAUGAUGAUAUUUUUUGUGGUGUUAGUAACGACAUUGGAACAGAAGCCCAGAACAGAUUUCUAAAGGCCAAACUCCGUGUUAUGCAAGAGGAAUUGGAUAAUGUAGUAUAUGAAUGCAAUAAAAAGGAAGAUGAAAUUCAGGAUUUAAAGUCUCAAAUAAAAAAGUUUGAAGAAGAUUGUGCUAGACAACAGCGAACAAUUAAUUUGCAACAGUGUCAAGCAGAAAAAUAUAAAACUCUUUUUGAAGAGCUAAAUAAAAAAUGUGUUGGAUUACAGCAACAGCUGUCUUCAGUAGAAAAGGAAUUAGAAAAUAAAAGAAGACUACAAAAACAGGCUGCCAGUAACCAAAGUGCUACAGAAGUUCGGUUGAAUAGAGCUCUAGAAGAAGCAGAAAAGUAUAAAUUGGAGUUAAGUAAAUCAAGGCAAAAUAACAAGGAUAUAGCCAAUGAAGAACACAAAAAAAUUGAAGCAUUAAAAUCCGAAAACAAGAAGCUAGAAAAACAAAAAGGGGAAUUAAUGAUAGGGUUGAAGAAACAAUUAAAAUUAAUUGAUGUUUUAAAAAGGCAGAAGGUGAGUCUAAAAACACAGUUAAAUCAUAGAUAUUAUUUGGGCCACUCUACUAAAAUAGUUAUUUCUACUUUAGCUUUUUAUUUUGACAUGCUUAAGCACAAAAUUUUAUCUAUAUAACAUACAUAAUAAGAUUUAUAUAUAAUGUAUCAUCCAAGCA